GCUGCAGCUUUCAGUAUUGAUCGAGGACGGGCUGCUCGUGCGUUAACCUCAUGAUUAAAGCAAGCCAGUUUUGUAUUUCUGGGCUCAAACUGGACCCCACGGUGUUGCACAGCCAAACUGGUGGCUUCGGUGCAGUCUGUCUCCUAUAGAGCAGGUGUAGAGCUGAAAUGUGCAGAGUUGUAGGGAAUUAGAACUAAUUUAAGGUGCCCCAUCAAGAAGUCGCUGAUGCUGGGGCUGUAAUUACUGCAUGAAGGGGGCACAGGUCCGUGGCUGCCCCCUUAUCUCCUCCCUCUUAUCGGCUGUGCUCGUGCACUGGGCUGGCCUUAGCGGGGUGCCCGGUGGCAGCACACCACAGCACGCUUGUAGGAAGCCGAGAUCCGACCUCAGAAGGCAUCCUAUAAAACCUGAACAGCCUUAGGAUUGUGUUUGCAAAGCCUUUCCCCUACCAGAGCGUUCACGAUGGGCACUCACUGCUGUGAAUAUUUCUGGUCAAGGGAUGCCAUCAGCCUGCGGAAGCUUGAAGCAAACUCAAGCAAGUAAAUUUUUUAUUCCACGGUGCAUCAUUAAGUGAUGGGAAUGGGUUUUAAAAUAUAUUUUUGGAUGCCCCAAGCUUGGCUGUCUUCAAAACUUGGUGCAAAGCUCCCAGCCCAGGGUGCUGGUGGCUGCAGGGGACCCUGAAAUGUGGGGAUGAUGUGCCCUAGGUUGUCUCAGGGCUCUCCGUGCUGGGGACAAAUAGUCCCCAAGGGUCUUCCUGGCACCCAACCUUUUUAGCUUGCCCUUCUAGGAAACUUGUUUCCCAGUCGGCUGCACUCACCCUGCUCGCUGGGUAUCGAAAGCAGAGCGACUGCAGGAGGAACAAGCUGGGGCAGAGCCGGGAGUGUUGCAAGCAGGAGGCAAUUAGAGCCCUAACUGUGUUUCUUCACCUCGGCUUUUGAACAAUUGCCCUUAAUUCCCCGUGCAUAAACAGGAGCAGAGGUUACGCUUCCCUCCACGGGCAGGCUCCUUCUGGUGUUGCAAUGGGACCGUGGGCUUCUUGGGGCUGAUUUAGCAGGAGAAAUGUGGGUAAAUGGUGCUUGGGCACGGGUUCAAUAUUUUUUUCUUUUUUUGGGGGGGCUUUCUGCAGCUUUGGUGGGGCUUGGGCUCCAGCUCAAUCAUUUAUUAAUUAUUGACUCAUCUCAUUGUGCUGGAUCUUGAGCUUAAAUCUGGGGUUUAUGGGUGUUGCCUUGAGGGCAGGUAAUUGAAGCCUCUCCCCUGGCUGUGCUCCAUUGCAGACGAGGAUGCAGAGCCUGCAGCCGGACCCCAAAGCCCAGUACAGGAGCGUGUACGAAGCCCUGAAGAAGAUUGUCCUGACGGAAGGCUUCUGGAGGCCUUUACGUGGCAUCAACGUCACCAUGCUGGGGGCUGGCCCUGCCCACGCCAUGUACUUUGCCUGCUACGAAAAAAUCAAGAAGAGUCUCAGCGACACCAUCCAGCACGGAGGAAACAGCCACUUGGCCAAUGGCAUAGCUGGGAGCGUGGCCACCUUGCUGCAUGAUGCAGUGAUGAACCCAGCUGAAGUGGUGAAGCAGCGGAUGCAGAUGUUUAACUCCCCCUACAAGUCCGUCCUGCAGUGCGUGAGGACAGUGCGGCGCACCGAGGGCUUGGGCGCCUUCUACCGCAGCUACACCACGCAGCUCACCAUGAACGUCCCCUUCCAGGCCAUUCACUUCAUCACCUACGAGUUCAUGCAGGAGCAGGUGAACCCCCGCAGGGAGUACAACCCCCUGUCCCACGUCUUCGCCGGCGGCGUCGCGGGGGCCGUGGCCGCCGCCGCCACCACCCCUCUGGACGUCUGCAAGACUUUGCUCAACACUCAAGAAAACACGGCCCUGAGCUCGCUGAACAUCAGCGGGCACCUCUCGGGCAUGGUGAAUGCCUUCAGGACUGUCUACCAGCUGGGGGGCGUCGCGGGGUACUUCCGAGGGGUGCAGGCCCGAGUCAUCUACCAGAUCCCUUCAACGGCCAUCGCCUGGUCGGUGUAUGAGUUCUUCAAGUACUUCCUCACAAAGCACAAGCUGGAGAAAAGGACAUCCUUUUGAAGGAAGGACACGGAGUGAAUUCAAGGCUCGGUGUCCCUUCCGUGUGUGCGAGCCACCGGCGUCAGGUCCCUGCUAAAAACGGGCCGGGGUCCUGGUGGGGGCACACAGCUGAUGUCUGCUUUCCCCCUCCAUGGGGGGAAGGAGGGUUUAAAAUGCUCCUCAGCCACCCGUUCACCUCAUUGCUUAAAGGAUGAAAUAGUUUAUAAAGACUUAUAAUAAUAUAUAUAUUUAAUAACUUUAUUUUGGAGAAGCGAAAUUGUUAACUGGUAUUUUUUUUUCCCUGGAUAAGUUUGAAUAUGUAGUUUACUCCUCACCAUAAGCCUAGGUUAUGAAACCUAGGCCGUUUUUUUACGGUGAAGAAGCAAAAUAUCCUCUGGUAGAACUUUUUAUAUGAAUAUAAAAUAGAUGGAUAAUGUUUAUCCUUUAUU